AUGGGAAUAGUUGUACUUGAACAAUCUAAUUCGGUGGCUCAUUUUGUUCCACUGUACCUUCAAAAUCAACAAUUAACAAAUCAAGUUUUUUUAAUAAAGCAUGAUCCAACAGGUCCAAAAGAUGCUCAUACGAGUGUACUUGUUGAUGUCGCUGAUACAUCAACAGCCACCAACAUUAAAGGUGUCUUAUGUCAUGUUGUAGUUAACACCAAUAAUGGUCAAAUUACUCAUUCUACAAGUUUCAAAUGUGACUAUCGGGAGUCACCAAAAUCACGAUUAACAUUGAUAUACGUUGAAAAUCUUGCAGAGAGUAAGUAUAUAGGUGGUGUUGAGUCAUUACCACACUAUUUUAAUAAUCCAUGA